AUGGCUCGCAGGUACUUGGGCCUUCAGGGCAACGCCCUGCAAAUUGCCAUCAGUAUUAUUGCUGGUAUGGACUUUUUACUCUUCGGUUACGAUCAAGGUGUCACAGGAGGCCUUUUGACCCUGCAGUCCUUUAUCAAAUAUUUCCCCACCAUUGCCCUCACGGGUGAUUACUAUGAAAGUCUAAACCACGAGCAAAGGAGUGCUCAGUCUACUCGCCAAGGUAUUGUCGUCGCCGCUUACAACUUGGGAUGUUUCGCCGGGUCCAUCCCGACCAUCUGGGUUGGAAAUUGGCUGGGUCGACGUAAGACCAUUUUCUUCGGAUCCUUCAUCAUGGUCAUUGGAGCUCUAUUGCAGUGUACGGCGUACCACCUGCCCCAGCUGAUCGUUGGACGACUGGUGACUGGUUUCGGAAACGGCAUGAACACAUCCACCGUGCCUACUUGGCAAUCGGAGUGCUGCAAGUCUAAUCACCGUGGCAAGCUGGUCAUGAUCGAGGGCGCUAUGAUCACCUGCGGUAUCACGAUUAGUUACUGGAUCGACUUUGGGUUGCUCUUUGCCGACCCCAGUGAGGUUGCGUGGCGUUUUCCACUGGCUUUCCAGAUCUUCUUUGCCGCCAUUAUCCUGGCUUUCGUCAUGUUCCUGCCCGAGUCUCCCCGCUGGCUGGUGCUGAAGGGCCGGGAGGAUGAAGCGAAAGAAGUCCUGGGGGCCCUGUUGGGAGAUGGAACCGAUCCGACAUUCUUGCAAACCGAGUUCACUGCGAUUAAGGCGACCGUGUUGGAGAUGGCGAAGGGUUCGUUCAAGGAUAUGUUCACCAUGGGCGAGGAUCGUCACUUCCACCGUACCGUGUUGGCCUAUGUCAACCAGAUGUUCCAGCAGAUUUCCGGCAUCAAUCUGAUUACAUAUUAUAUCCCGGUUGUGUUGGAACAGCAGAUGGGGAUGACCCUCAUCAACUCUCGGCUGAUCGCGGCGUGCAAUGGAACCGAGUAUUUCAUCGCCUCUUGGAUUGCAGUGUUCACCAUCGAGCAAUUCGGUCGCCGUACGCUGAUGCUGUUCGGUGCGGCGGGUAUGUCGAUCUCGAUGAUUAUUCUUGCUAUCACGGCAAGUCUCAAAACUCCGGAGGCCAACAUUGCCUGCAUCGUCUUCCUUUUCGUGUUCAACACCUUCUUCGCUAUCGGUUGGCUGGGGAUGACUUGGCUGUAUCCGGCAGAGAUCGUACCCCUGAAGAUCCGUGCUCCAGCGAACGCCCUGGCCACGUCGUCGAAUUGGAUCUUCAACUUCAUGGUGGUUAUGAUUACCCCGGUGGCUUUUGAUAACAUUGACUACCAAACCUACAUUAUCUUCGCUGUCAUUAACGCGUUCAUCGUUCCGGUUGUAUUUUUCUUCUACCCGGAGACGACCCAUCGGUCGUUGGAAGAAAUGGACCGUAUCUUCCGCAAGACUAAGAGCAUCUUCUCGGUCGUGCGUAUUGCCAAUAAGGAGCCCCACAUGUAUGGCAAGCACGGCGAGCUCCUGCAUACGCUGGACGAUGUGGAAGAUGAAGCUGUGCGCCGCGCUAGCGUGCUGAGCCACACUCACAAGGAGUUGGAGAAGGAUAACAGCUCUGGGGAUAUCAGCACGGAGAAGGCAUGA